AUGGCUCCUCCAUCUCAGAUCUUAACUUCUACUGAGCCCGAAUCGUCUAGCUUCGAAAAUGAACUCGAGAGAGCUGCUCUCAAACUUGCUCUGCUCAAGCCAUUGGGUUCCAAAGGUGUCAAACUGAUCACCCCGGGGAAGAAUAUCUCGUGGUUGGAAAAGUUGCCCAAAUCUUCGAGGGAUAGACUUGAAAGAUAUGGUAUAGAUUUGUCCAAAGGGUACCCGAUUGUGCCCAAGUACGAAGACAUUCCCAAGUUUGUGGACGAAGCAUUUGAGAUCAGAAACAAGGAGUACCCAUAUGUUGAGAGGGGAAAGAAUGCUGAUCCCGAAAAGAAGGCUUUGUUUGGUGCUGCAAAGGAAGUCAUAAAUUUGACAAAGCAUGUGGGUACUGAAAUUGUCGGACUUCAACUCAGUGAGUUGAACGACAAGCAGAAAGAUGAGCUUGCUCUCUUGAUUGCUGAGAGAGUGGUGGUUUUCUUUAGAGAUCAAGACUUGUCUCCCCAGAAACAAUUGGAAUUGGGAAAGUACUUUGGUCAAGUUGAAGUUCAUGCUCAGGUUCCUCGAGUUCCAAACGGAGUAGAUGGCAAGGAUUUGAACGGAAUUUCAGUGAUUUGGCAAGACUAUGCUCGUGAAUACUAUGGCUUGCCAUUGACGUUCAAAAGUAGUAUUGGUGGUAAUUCUCAAUGGCACACUGAUUUGGUUCACGAGUUCCAACCCGCAGGAAUUACCCAUUUGCACAACGAUGCUAUUCCAAGUGUAGGUGGAGACACCUUGUGGGCUUCUGGAUAUGGUGCCUACGACAAGCUUUCACCAGCUUUGCAGCAAUUUUUGGACGGUAAGACUGCCAUCUACCGGUCUGCUCACUCGUACAUUAAUCGUGAAAAUCCAUUGAAUGGACCUAGACACAUUGAGAGAGAGCAUCCUAUCAUCAGAACCCAUCCGGCAACAGGGUGGAAGUCGUUAUUUGUCAAUCGUUCAAUGACGGUGAGAAUUGUUGGAUUGAAUCCAGAAGAAAGCAGAAUUCUCUUGGAGUAUUUGUUCGGUGUUUUUGAAAAGAACUUGGACAUUCAGGUCAGAUUCAACUGGAAAUCCAAGCCAGGUUUGGGAACUUCGGCCUUGUGGGAUAACCGUAUUUCUCAGCACAAUGCUGUGUGGGACCACGAGGGCCAGGAAGCCAGACAUGGAACCAGAGUAACUUCGCUCGCCGAGAUCCCAUUUUUUGACAAAAACUCCAAGUCUCAAAGAGAGAGCUUGGGGUUGUCUUUGGAUUGA